UUCUAGGAACUGCGACCUCAUGUUGUCAAUACCUUUGCUGGCCUGCAUCCUCGGGCUGUCAGUCGCAGGACAAGCCUCCGCAAGCAAUGUCUCCAUUUCCAACGACUCCCAAGAUACAGAUUCGAUUAUCCAACACAAUGCCCUCAUCGAGUCAUAUCUAUCUCAGAAGUCUGUUCGCGGAGUCCAUAAAAUGACCGAUGACGAAGGGGAGAAGUUCUACCUCGACUACUGGCUGUUCGACGAAGCCUAUACAGCAGGCAACACAUCAAACGCCAAUGCCUCGCUCGUAUCCCUUUCGACCCUCCUACCCGAGCGACCUUGAGGUCGAAAGGCGCGGGUGGAGUGAACAUUUCUCACCGCUUCUUCGGCGAGAAUUCAAAUGCCCUUCCGGCACGUACGGAUGCUCAUCGAUCGACCGACCCGAAAGCUGCUGCAGUACGGGCGAUACGUGCGUCCUAGUCAAGGACACUGGAUCUGGAGAUGUAGGCUGUUGUCCGAAGGGCGAGACAUGCUCGGGUACGAUUGGAUCGUGCCAGGACGGAUACUCCAGCUGCUCAUCGUCUCUGGGUGGGGGAUGCUGUAUCCCAGGGUACGAAUGUGUCACCGGGGGAUGUAUGCGUGUCUUCACGAUCACGGUGACAGUAAGCUCAACCGUCAUGCUAUCGACGUCCACACAUACCAUCCCUAAAACCACUGCAACGCAAACGACGGGCGAUCUGGUGCCUCCUUCUCGACCUACCACUGUAUCUACCGCCACGAACUCCAAGACGACCACGACUACCAGUACGGCAUCAGUCUGCCCAACCGGAUUCUACGCCUGCUCUGCCGUCUAUAAUGGGGGAUGCUGCAGGACCGGCCGCGAUUGCGACACGACGUCCUGCCCGGCAACGCCCUCGACGACUUUCACCAGCGACGGAGUGACAAUUGUAGUUCCGGUGGCCACGACUACGGCGUCGACGACAACAACAAGCUCGCCCGGACGAUGCGCCACGGGCUGGUUCAGCUGUGCGCAAUCCGUCGGAGGAGGUUGUUGUCCGUCGGGAUACCAGUGCGGAUCCAGCUGUACGGCAGUGUCAACGGCGACGGAGACCGUGGCCAAAGAGCAGGCCACAAGUGGGAGUGAUCAAUUGCGGCAGCAGUGGGGGAUGAUGAGCAUGGGCAUGCUGAUAGCCCUGGCGUUAUAAUGUAAAUGUUUUGAUACGUAGAUCAUGAGAGCAUGCAUAGCGAAAUGUUAAUGGGCAAUGAUAAUGGCAAUGAUAAUGAAG